AUCCACCUCCUACAGAUCCAGGAACCUCUCACCUCUGUGAUGUUCGAUGGAAUUUCUGGGCAAAGAACAACAUGGGUGCAUUUUUGUAGAUCCAGCAAAGGAAAAGGGUAGGCGUUGUUGACUCCAAAAUUAACGCCGACUACCACCACCAACGCUCAUCACCGCCAGCUGUCUCCACCACCACCACCACCUCUUGCUGCCAACUGCUGCCAAAGAGUAGCUGUUGGAAAUUUGGGUAAGAAUUUGGUUCUGUCAAAUUUGGUGAAAAUUUUGAGUAAAACCUAAAUUUGGUAUAGGUUUGGAUAAGGAGUGGAGCUGGGUGUUUUUUACUCAAAUUUGGGUUUGAGUAAGAAUUUGAGUACGGAGUGGAGAUGCUCUAAAACGAUGGCGCAGAAACUCGGCUUCCACCUUGCUCCUAUUCGUCAACUCAGUAGCAGGCGAUUGCUGCAAAGAACAAUAUGCACGGCAAUGUCGACCGAGUCAUCGUCAUCCCAACUCACUCACACCAUCACCUUGCCGAGUCGAGCCGCCGAGCCUGUACAUAUAGUUGCAGCCCACGGUGUCUCCAGUUCCGACUUCAGGAAUGCCAUCGAAUCCUCUCUGUUCAAGCAAUGGCUGAAGAACACUGAAACGGGAAUAUUGGCUAACGGAUCCAUGUCCUUGUCACAAGUGCUUAUUCAGGGAGUUGAUAUGUUUGGCAAGCAUGUUGGCUUUCUAAAGUUUAAAGCAGAUGUCAUUGAUAAGGAAACGGGAAAGAAGGUUCCAGGUAUUGUGUUUGCACGAGGGCCAGCCGUAGCUGUGCUGAUACUUUUGGAGUCAGAGGGCGAGACUUUUGUCGUGCUUACUGAACAAGUUAGGGUACCUGUUGGAAGGCUUGUUCUGGAAUUACCAGCUGGAAUGUUGGAUGAUGACAAGGGUGAUUUUGUGGGAACAGCAGUUCGCGAGGUCGAGGAGGAGAUUGGUAUUCGUUUGAAUCCGAAAGACAUGGUCGACCUCACAGCCUUUCUAGAUCCAUCAACUGGUUGCAGAGUUUUUCCUUCUCCAUGCAAGGGAGGGUGUGAUGAAGAAAUUAGAGUGUUUCUAUACAGAGGCCAUGUGGAUAAAGAAGUUAUCGUGCAGCUGCAAGGGAAAGAAACGGGGCUUCGGGAACGUGGUGAGUUAAUAGUGGUGCAUGUAGUUGACUAUGAAAAUCUGUGGCGUGUGACCCCCGAUGCAAAAACUUUGGUGGCAAUUGCGUUGUUUGAAAUGGCCAAGAAAAGAGGGUUGCUGCCUCCGCAUUGAAGCCCAACUACUGACACUUUGAACGUUCAUGCAGCAGCUAGUGACUUUUCUCUGGCGUUUUAUCUUCAUGUUGAAAUGGACAGUAUAGUCGUAGUUUCCAGCAGAAUUUUUUUUGCUGCACUUGUGUAUAAUACGGUGGAAUGUACCUCACACGGCUGGGCAUUUUCGGUUUGAUCCCUUUUUACCCCAAAACACACUUUACAUA